AUGAGGAGAAUGAUUGGGAAAAAUAUAUCAUCAAAGCUUAUUGAGGAAGUUGCACAAGAUGCGAAAGAGGUUGAAGUUAUGAAGAGUUUUUGUAAUGUAUUUGCUCAUUGUAAGUGUUCUAUUGUUUGCGACUGCAAGAAGUCACAAAGGACGAGGUAUCAGUCUGUUCACGUAUUGGAGCAUAUUUGGGAUGGACGUGACCACCCAAUUCUGAAGGUGAGAAGGAGUCAUUUCAUACCGGCUGGCAUGGAGGGGGUUCUAGUGGAGAUACUUCCUCAUCUUACUUUAGCUGGAUUUGCUGGGAUAGGGCUUCGUAUAGAUGGAAAGAUAGUCAUUGCAGCUGUAAGAGGUAAUAAGGCACAAAUUGUGGAGGACUUGCUUGGUAUUAGACCACCUACUGAUGCAUUUAUGGGGAGCAGUUUGAAGUUGAGUUGGUUGAACCAACACUUUACACAUGUUGCAAUGCAUAAUCAUAAUGAUGUACAACUUACUCGUUUUGCUAGAGCUUAUAUUCUGAGGUUAAUAGGUGAUUUCAUGUUGACUGAUCAUUCCUCUAGUAGGGUCCCAGUUAGGUACCUUCCAUUGCUUGAGGAUUUUACUAUCACAGGAUAG